AUGGAACAAUCUACUCCCAUAUUCAUAGACAUUAAUUAUAUUAACGUACCGGAAACUUUUACCAACAAUGAAUGGUUGGUGACCAAAUUCCAAUUCAAUCUUACGUUGGAUCAUUGCUGGCGAGAUAUCCAGAGCUUACUAUGGAAGAAGUCGAGUGAAAACUUUCUAAAGCCGGUGUUUUUGAAGUAUCAAGCCAAUGGAGUUACAGUAAGCAGUGAGAAUCAGAAGAUCUCGGAAUUUCUAGAGUCUGGCGAGAAUACAUUGAACCUUGUAGUUGAUUUGGCGCUUAUCAAUUCAAGAAGUAUCCCUGUACAUAGAACUCCUGUUGAUGAACUAUUUGACAUUCUGAUCAGUUAUCGAGACAAGACGUUAAAAUUCAGAGAGUCUAUAGAGUGUGGAGUUAACGCCUUGAAGGACUAUAUAUUGGAGAGGGAGGUGUCGAACAAAAGAAGGGAGCACUUGAAGUUCUACUUGGUGCAAGGGCGAAAUUAUACAGAAAUCAAUGAUACAAGUGAAGGAGAUGAAGAUGUCAAACUAUCGGCUGCGCUAAAGUUGGAUGUCUCUCCACUAUCUGAAGUAUUUCUUCUAGCGUGCUUGCGUCCUCCUUAUAGCCCAAGUACCCUCCAUAUCAGAGCAAUGUCCACGUCUUUGGAUAGUAUCAUAGAGUUUGAAGUCGAUAGGUUUGCAUCCAUCAAUGAAGUGAAGUCACAAAUAUCUGAACAUAUUGGCAGUCCCUUCUCAUUGCAUUACAUGUCUCAGGAAGUAAUUGAAGACUCCAAUGGCCCUAUUGUGGAUAUAUUGAAGAUUCCUCGAAAUCAUGUGAAACUACACAUCAUUGUCCAAGAUCGUGUGGACGGCGAAGAGUACUUUGUCCCUACUCCGACCAGAACCGUGAAAGACAACUUCAAACUGUCCCAACUGUUGAAAAUUGUAGUGUCAAAUGGUGUGGAAUGGACCCCCACUGGAGAAACAUUUGAAACCAUCGAAUCAAAUAUAGAUGGCGAGAAGUUGUUAGUGAACCAGUCUGAUCUUGUGAAUCUGGAGUAUGUCUUUAGUGCCUUUUUGGAAGGAGAAGAUAAAGAAACUACAAUCACAUUGAAUACAUCUCAAUGUAUGAUUGUGGAUAAUGGGUUUCAUGAUCCUUAUGUUUUAAUUAAUCCUUCUGGAAAGGCCAAAUUAAACAGAGUGUUUCAAAAAAAUGGACAAAGUUUGAUCCAAGAUGUUAAAAUUAAUCAGUAUGACCAGAGUCAAGCGCAGCAGGCCCCUGCUUCAGUGGAAGCUCCUGUGCAAAACCACGGUCGGAACGCAAACCAAAACCCUAUUCAGAUCUUGCAAGAUAUAAUGAAUAGAAUGCCUGCCGUUCCACGUGUAGUCCCAAACCCGGCUCCAGGUGCAGUUCCGAUACCUGAACCUGUUCAGGUUCCUGCUGCUGUUCCUGAUAUUCCUGCCCCUGGCCCUGUUCCUGCCGCAGUCCGUGAACCUGAAGAACCCAUCGGUGAACGUAAUAAUGGUAGGCAUGAGGCAGGUCAGCCCAUUCAUCUAGUUUUGUUGGGUAUUAUAAUGGUUAACCUAGAGCAGAUAUUUAGUCGCAUGGUCCGGUACUCAUUUGUCAUAUACAUGCUAGGGUUGCAUGAACUUAUAUUCCACAAUUUUGCCUUAAUACUGCAAAUAGCUGCUGUCGGUAGCAUUGUCUACGCUUUUUUUUUCACUAAUGGCAGACUCAGUGGGUGGAUCGAGCGAACAUUUUUGAACGGUAUCGACGUGAAUAGAAGGAUAGAUACGAGGUUAGCUUCUAAAUUAGUAACCAUUCUUAGAGUUACUAAUGGGUUAUUUGGAGGGCUUGGUAGUUUGGUAAGUGAUUUAAGAAAUGAGUGCAUAAAUAUUGCCAUAGAUAGAGAAAGAGAUUUUGAAUUCAUCUUGGCCAUAGACGAACAAAGAACUGGUUUACGCUACUGGAUCAACGAUUCCUGGAAUAACUUGUGGAAGGAUUUAUUAUUGUACUUUCUUACACUCUUUCCUUCCAGCCAAACAACCAUUAAUAUCAAAUUAGAACAAUGGAGAUCAGACGAGUCUAAGGUGCUAAAAUUAGCUUUGGAUCAACAGAUGGAUGUGGCCAGAAUUGUUUUAGCUCUGCAUGGAGCGACAAAUGCCAAUGCCGUCUUAAAUAAAGAAUUGGAAGAAAUGAAUUUGGGCGACCUUGGAACGGAUAUUGAAAGCUUAGAUUUAGAGGAGUCCAAGGAAGAAUACUAUCAAAUACUAUUGGCCCAGAUCAGGGAAGUGAAAAAAUUGAUCAGAGAGUGUAGGGCAGGAACUAAAAAAUUUGCACCCAUUGAGCCAGAGCCUACAGGUGAAAUUCAUAACGCAAAUGAAAAUGACGACAAUCAGAAUAAUAAUAAUAAUAAUAAUAAUAAUAAUAAUAAUUAUGGAGAGCAGUUCUAG